GCGGCGGCGGGUCAAACAACGCUGCCGCCAGUUGGCCGCUGCCCGCAGGCCCUUCUUCUCGGACCCUUGACCCUUGGCCGCUCAAAGCCAUGGCCCUGCCGCUGCUGCCUGGCAAUAGCUUCAACCGCAACAUAGGAAAGGAGAAAUUCCACAAAUCUCAACAUUGGGGCUUUUGCAACAAUGUGAGGAUGCUGGUGAGUGAAGAUAAGCCAGGGAUUGGUGGAGAACUGCUUCUCGGACAAAAGAUGAAGCCAAAAUAUAGUGUAUUUCCUAAAGAAAUGGGAACUGGCUUACCAUCCUGGGUGGCUUUUGAUAAACAGGUAUUAUCUUUUGAUGCCUAUUUAGAAGAUGAAGUGCCUGAUAAAAGUCAAGAAAACUAUAGAAUAAGAUGUUAUAAAAUCUAUUUCUACCUUGAAGAUGACACAAUUCAAGUAAAUGAGCCAGCGCUGAAAAAUAGCGGACUGCCUAAAGGAAUUUUUAUCCGCCGUCAUCGGAUUUCUCUCCCACCUCCUGAUGAGGAUCAGUUUUACACCGUGUAUCAUUUCAAUAUCAACAUAGACAUUGUCUUAUAUGGUCGAACCUUCAAGAUUUAUGACUGUGAUACUUUCACAAAAAACUUUUUGAAGAAAAUAGGAGUCAAAUUAAACCCCCCAGGACAGUGUCCAGAAGAUCCUUACAUGAAGACCCGGAGAGAGAAGCUAGACCAUGUGGAGCCCUUACGCCCCUAUGAGUCCUUUGACACCCUCAAACAGUUCCUUGAGUAUGACAGGAAGGUUUUGCGCUUCUUCUGCCUGUGGGAUGACUCGGGCUCGUUGUUUGGGGACCGCAGAGAACUCAUCCUGCAUUAUUUUCUGUCUGAUGAUACCAUCGAAAUCAAAGAAGUGAUGCCGCAUAACUCGGGAAGAGAUGCUAUGUCAUUGUUCCUCCAGAGGAGAAAGCUACCAAAGUAUGGCCCGCCUGGAGUUUAUCAACCAGGCCAGAUAGCAGACAGAACAGUUCUCAAUGUGUAUGGUGGCUUGUCACGGAGACGAGUGUAUAGCUACCUGUUGGAUAAAUACAAGCUUGGAAAAUUAGACCAAGAGUUUUACAAAGAUAGUGACCUGUCCAUAGGAACCACCAUCAAUGUGUGGGGAAGAAAAGUGCUCCUUUGUGACUGUGAUGAAUUCACGAAGACUUAUUAUAAGACUAAAUAUGGAAUUGAGAACUUUACCUCCAUUUCAUGCAAGGCCCCACCUCCUCCAAAAAUAGAAAGGAAAUUUCCACCUUACACCGGCUUCGGUUCUGAAGAGGACUCUCUCCGCUCCUGCAUAGGCCUUGUGCCCAACCCUCAUUGGAGGAACUUCAAGAAGUUCAUGGAAAAAGACAGCUAUGGCAACAUAAGCAAUGCACUCCGGUUUUUUGCAAAACUAAUCACACACAAGUGUGCUGACGUGGAAAGGAUGUUUGUUAUUUCAUAUUUUCUCAGUGAUGACACAAUUUCAGUGUUCGAACCAAUAGAGAGGAAUUCAGGAUAUACUGGUGGGAUGUUCUUGAAAAGAACUCGUGUUAAGAAGCCUGGACAAGAAGUCUUUAAAAGUGAGUUCUCGGAAUACGUCAAGGCCGAGGAGCUGUAUGUUGGAGCCAAAGUGGACGUGAAUGGCUACCUGUUUCUUUUGCUCAACGCUGAUGAGUACACCUUAAACUACAUGGAAAAAAAUUCAGACAAGUUUCCUAGGAGCAACAUUAAACUUGCCCUACAAAAGGUAAAAGAAGAGGAAUCAAAAUCCAGAGAGCUCAAGCAGGUGUUUACAGCCGCUGACUGUAAGCACACGAAGAUGGUGGAUUAUAAUACCUUCAGAGAGAUAAUGAUGAAUCUAACUGUCGGGAAACUCACAGACCAAGAGCUUAUAACCAUUGCACGUCACUACCGGGUGCCUGAGGAACCAUGUCCAGAUACAUGUAUCGUCAUGGCACAGGCCCAUGAACAGCUCAAGAAACAUGCUUUUGAGAAUUUUGAAAGACUCAUUGCUGCCUGCGUAUACCAAGAUCGGGAGAAGAAAAAAGUCUUACCCAGCAAAGACAUCAAAAGGCUGUGCAAGUCCUCCAGGUUACCCUUUAAUGAUGAUCUUCUAGGAGCCUUACUAUCCAAGUUUGAAGACAGUGAAAAGCAAAUCAAUUACGAGUCAUUUUUCUGUGCCCUGAACUGGAGAGCGAAUCCAAUGCCUGAACUGGAAGCAGUAUCAUACCUUAAAGAGAGAUGUGAAGACGAGUGGCUCGGGAUGCCAUCGCCUAUUCCUGUGAAAUGCAUCAGCUAUUUAAACCUUUUAAAGGACGUGUUUGGCUUAGAGGAGGAGUAACAAUGCAGUUUUGGGUAACUCCCUUUGAUUUCCUGAUUUUCUGCUCUAAUUUGGCCAAGUUUAUUUCAGUCAGUAUAAUUCCAUUAAAAACGAAAAAGAAACACAGUUUGCAUUAAAAUCCAUAGACCAAAAUUAAUCUCUUC